AUGGCCACCAACCAAAUCCAAGACUUUGGCGUUAGAUCCGAUUCACUCGAUGACUCAAUAGUGAGUCAAAUCGAACGUGGAUGUACUUGUUUUGGCAUGUUCACUAACGCUUGUCUCUUGCCGAUUAUCAUAUUUCGAUCACCUCAAGAUAUCGGCGUUUAUAAGUUUCUUAUGAUGUACAUUGCCGUUUUUGAGCUGUUCUUCGGAUGGUUGGAAUUGAUGACAGUGCCUGAAAUGUUCACGGAGGGAUCGGCGUUCAUUGUGACAAUUGAUCCGGAUAACGCGGUUUUGCCGGAUGGAGCUUUGCAGAUUUCAAUUUUAAUCUACUGCGGCUCAUUUGCCACCUCCUUGGCGAUCUUUGGCGUCCAGUUUGCCUAUCGCUAUGAAGUCCUUCGAGGAAACACACCGCGUACAUUGUACAGUUUCUUUAACUUUGUAUUCUGGGGUGGAAUCCCACUGAUCGUCGCUUUGCUGUGGACCCUAUCAUGUUGGAUUUUCUUGGGACGAAAUGAGUAUGUAGAUAUGGUUAUGAGACAAGACUCUUUCCCGAGCAACCUGGAAAACAAGACAAUCGGCUUUGUUGGAAUUUAUUUCUAUCCCAAACUUCUAGAUGGGUCUACAGUAAUCAAUUGGGAUUCUUUAAUUGGGAUGGCUCUCUGUACUUGUAUUCUGUUUGGCUCUGAAACUCUUAUGCUAUACUUCGCCUUCAAAUCAUAUCUUAUCACCAAAACUCUAAUGACAUCUACCUGCUCCACAAGCUUCCGACGCCUCCAAUGGCAACUAUUCUACGCUCUCAUUUCUCAAACAAUCAUUCCAAUUCUCUUUAUGCAAAUCCCAUUAUCCAUUCUUUAUGUGACCCUGUUCCUAAAUAUUUCGAUCCCACUGAUCGGAAAACUUCAAGCUUUCACAAUCUCCCUGUAUUUGGCUACCGAUGCUCUACCGACUAUGCUCAUCAUUAGACCAUACCGGGAGACUAUACUUGGAUUCUUCGCGUGCUUCAAAAAAUGCUGCUGCGUGAAAGUGGGACCAACCACUCAAGCCGGAACUGAGACAGGAAUUUCGAUGAAUAACUUUUCUUCCAGAUAUGCUGUUCCUUAA